ACAUCCGGAGUUUCGCUGCGACCCUCUUCCUUCGACUUUUAAGGACUGUAACAAACACAUUAACUUGAGUGAUCACAGUCCCAAAUAGGGCGACAAAAUCACUUCCACUUUCUAACCCUUUCGUUCUAAAACGCCACCCUUUUCAGUGUUCUUUCAAGUUUUCGCCAUAAAAAAUGCUUCGCAUCGCAGCAAAAUUGUCAUCAAGGGCUUCUUCAACUGCAAAGUCAUUCCCCAUUUCCUGCACCAGAAUUUCCCCUCUUCCCUCUCCAUCCUUCAGGUCAUUCACCAUUGGUUUGGAAUUGGAAGCAAACAUGGUAGUCCCAGAUGCUAUUAGAAUGAUCAACUACGCAUUGAAACAAGCCAGAACUGAAAGAUCACUUGGAGCGUACCGUAUGGGUUUGACUGUGUUGAAGCACUGCAUUACUACUGAGUUAACUGAAGGCAAAGACCCAGUGCGUGAGAAUUCAAAAGGAAUGGCCUUGCUUGCUAUGUCCACCUUGUUAUCUGAGAGAGGAGAAUACGGUGAAGCAAUAGAGAAGCUCGAUGGUGUUCAAGACUUAACCAAUUCUUACUUGGGUGUUAGAGUUGCUGCAUUUGAAGCUCAGGCUGGCUUUCAUCUAGAGUUGGGGAAGGAUGAUUUGGCAUCGGUGGUGGCUGACAAAUGCAUUGAUCUUGUGGAGAAGCAACCGCAAGCAAGAGAUCAUGAGGCUCAAUAUGUUCGUGCCAAAGCACUAAAAGGGCUGAUUGAACUUGUCAAUGGCAAUAUUGAGUCAGCUGAAGCUUUCUUUGACAAAUCUCUCUGUGACAAGCACGGCGAUGGUACUGCUGCUGUAUCAUAUGCGGAAUUCCUACAAAUAAAACAGGACUAUUCAUUGGCAAGACAGGUUUACCGUAAUGUCUUACAAGGUGCUAUUGAAAUAAAAAAGGCUGGGAGACCAUACCUAGGAGCAGGUAACCUGAACUUGGAGGGUUUAACGAUUGGGGCCAUGUGUUCUUUAGGACAGCUUGAAUCAUAUAUGGGUAACUUCCGAAAUGCAGAGAUUUAUUUGACACAGGCAUUAGAGAAGGCAGAGGAAAACUAUGACCCUCAUCAUCCCAAGGUGGGGAUUGUCUUAACAAGCAUAGCUUUUAUGUAUGGGCGUAAAGCAAUUCAGGAAGGCUCAAGUGCGCUCUUGAUUCAAGAGGGUCUCUACAGAAAAGUGAUUGAUAUUUUGAAGGUUCCACCAAUGGAAACUAAGUCUGAGGAAGGUGCUGCACCAUCGGUAGAUAGAAGUGAUAUAGCGGCUUUUGCAAGAGAAGUACUUGGUGUCCAAGAAAAUAGAAAGGCUGAAGGAGAGGAGAUGAAAAAGUUGGCUGAGGCUAUUUGGAAAAACCGCAGGUUGUCUCUGGCUGAUGCUCUAGGAAACAAUGACUCGAAUAAAACUAUGGUCAUAGAUGCUCGAAUUAGCAGGCUUCUGUAAAGGUGGUCAAUUUUCUGCUGCUUCUCUUGCUAGGUUCAGGUUGGACUAUGAUUCUUGAUGACAAGAAAAUGGAUUAAUUAUG